AUGCCAAAGCAGGAGACACCAAAGACAUGCAGCUCUGCUGAACCUCAGCUCAACAUGAAACAGAGUGACACUCAGACUCACAUGCCUGCGCAGGAGAGCAAUGCAAGCAGAUGUCUGUUGGUGGAGGACAGAGCAGAAGACGACAUUCAGACUGUAGUCAGUGGUGAUGCUGAUGAUGUGGGCUGGUCUGAAGAUCAGGAAGGCGUGUUGCAGACAUCAACCGAGCAACCUGAAAAGCCACAGGACGAAGAGUCUUUUGCAUGUGAGCAGUGCGGAAAUGCCUUUCCAAAGAUGUUCUCUCUUCUGCGACACAAACGUGUGCAUUCAGUCAAAAAGCAGCACUGUUGUGAAAAAUGCGGGAAGAAGUUCACACAAUUAAGAGCGCUAAAAACUCAUCUCCGCAAACAUACACAGAAGUUUGAGAAGAAGAAAUUCCCCUGCAGUACGUGCGGAAAGAGCUUCAAGGAUCUCGCAGCGCACGAACGGGUUCAUGCGGAAGUCAAACCAUUUACCUGUGAAAUAUGCGGACAGGGAUUUACAGUCAAAGGAAGUUUAUACAUGCACCAGAGGGUGCACACGGGUGAAAAACCAUACACGUGUGAUACCUGUGGGAAAAGUUUCUCUCUGAUAGGCACCCUAAACUGCCACAAGAAGUUUCAUUCAGACGACAGGCCAAUAAAAUGCAGUCAUUGCAACAAGAGCUUCAAGUGCAAGAGCCAUUUGAGACGCCACCUUCCUGUGCACACCGGUGAGAGGCGAUAUACGUGUAAAAUCUGUGGUCAAUUAUUUGCCCAUCAUGAAGCUAUGACACGCCACGUCUUAAUUCACACUGGUGAAAAGCCGUACAUCUGUGAGACUGGAAAUUCAGGAGAUAAGAGCAAUGGCCAGUUUCCGAACUUCAACUCUGCAUUUAAAAUGCAGCCAAAUUCAGACAACAGCAAACCGUUUAGAUGCAAAUUGUGUGAGAAGCGCUACAGCAACGUUUAUUAUCUUCGCAUGCAUGAGAAACUUCACUCGGGGGAGACCCCGUUCAUUUGUGAGAUCUGCAGUUAG